AGCGACCCGAGCGUCGGGGUGAACCACGUCUCGUCCACGACCUCCCUAGAACGACUGUUUUGAACAGCACCACCUUCAGUGGGUCGGGCCUUCCCACAUCAGUCAUUAAUGAAGAGAAUGCCACACAGACAUGCCGUAGGCCAUAUGGUGGAGACGUUCUCUCAGUUGAAGCUCCCUCUUCCUGGAUGACUGUAGCUCGUGUCGUGACAGAGUGAGGAUUUUGAAGAUGAUGACCUAGGAAAUUCAGAUGAGGUUAUGAAGAAACCAUGCCCCGUGCAGAUUGUUCUUGCUCAUGAAGAUGACCAUAACUUUGAGCUUGAUGAAGAGGCCUUGGAGCAGAUCCUGCUACAGGAGCACAUACGGGAUCUUAACAUAGUCGUGGUGUCUGUGGCAGGAGCUUUUCGGAAAGGGAAAUCGUUUCUCCUGGACUUUAUGCUUAGAUAUAUGUAUAACAAGGACUCUCAAAGUUGGAUUGGUGGAAACAAUGAACCACUGACUGGCUUCACAUGGCGAGGUGGUUGUGAAAGAGAGACCACAGGCAUACAAGUCUGGAAUGAAGUCUUUGUGAUCGACAGACCUAAUGGAACGAAAGUGGCUGUGCUGCUGAUGGAUACCCAGGGUGCCUUUGAUAGCCAGUCAACCAUUAAAGACUGUGCCACAGUGUUUGCUCUGAGCACUAUGACCAGCUCUGUCCAGGUAUAUAAUUUAUCCCAGAAUAUUCAAGAAGAUGAUCUUCAACACUUACAAUUAUUUACAGAGUAUGGAAGACUUGCAAUGGAAGAAAUCUACCAGAAGCCAUUUCAGACGUUAAUGUUUCUGAUUCGGGAUUGGAGUUAUCCUUAUGAACAUUCGUAUGGUUUGGAAGGUGGAAAACAAUUCCUUGAAAAAAGAUUGCAGGUAAAACAGAACCAGCAUGAAGAACUGCAGAAUGUCAGGAAGCAUAUUCACAAUUGUUUCUCCAAUCUGGGCUGCUUCCUUUUACCACAUCCUGGUCUUAAAGUUGCAACGAAUCCUAGCUUUGAUGGACGGCUGAAAGAUAUCGAUGAAGACUUUAAACGGGAGCUUCGGAAUCUGGUUCCAUUGCUGCUUGCUCCUGAAAAUCUGGUUGAGAAAGAGAUAAGUGGAUCUAAAGUCACUUGUAGAGAUCUUGUAGAGUAUUUUAAGGCAUACAUUAAAAUAUAUCAAGGAGAGGAACUACCGCAUCCAAAGUCUAUGCUUCAGGCAACAGCUGAGGCUAAUAACCUUGCUGCAGUAGCAGGAGCAAGAGACGUCUAUUGUAAAAGUAUGGAGCAGGUAUGUGGUGGUGAUAAGCCUUACAUCGCGCCUUCGGAUCUGGAGCGAAAACACCUGGAUUUCAAGGAGGUGGCGCUGAAACAGUUCCGUUCUGUGAAGAAGAUGGGUGGAGAUGAGUUCUGCCGUCGCUACCAGGACCAGCUGGAAGCUGAGAUCGAGGACACCUAUGCAAACUUUAUAAAGCACAACGAUGGCAAAAAUAUCUUCUAUGCUGCUCGUACCCCUGCCACACUGUUUGCAGUCAUGUUUGCUAUGUAUAUAAUCUCAGGACUGACUGGCUUCAUUGGCCUAAACUCUAUAGCCGUCUUAUGUAACCUUGUCAUGGGGCUAGCACUGACGUCCCUGUGCACAUGGGCAUAUGUUAAGUACUCUGGGGAGUUCAGAGAGAUUGGAACAAUGAUUGAUCAGGUUGCUGAAACACUCUGGGAACAGAGGAGUCCCAGGAAGGUGUUUUCCAAACUGUUUGAAGUUGCUAGACGUCCAAUGGUUCAUCGUGCUCUUUCUUCAGCACAGCGACAGAGACUGUCAUCCACCAAUAACAAGAAGAACAUUUAGACAGUAUUUUUAACUUUUCUCUCUCUCUGAAGUGUUCACACUUAUACAUGUAGGACAUAAGCAGGACCGUCUGGGCCGGUCUGCAUAAAUGCUGUAUACAUACCAGAUUUGAUGCUGCAUAGAGGGUAUGGAUUGCACAUCCAUCUCAUAGGAUUUGUAAAGGGUUUGAGUAAGAGGAAAGUAGUCAUUUUGUUGCAUUAUAAAAUGUCUAACUGCAUUGUUUGUAGCAUCAUAACUUUUUUUUUUUUUUUUUUGGGAGAAGCAUCCUUUUAUUACUCACAUUCCUGGUUAUUUUUGUCAUUGAUUUAAAUUGACUUUUUUAUAUCUGUUUUUAUAUGUACUCUUUUUUUACCUCAUGUUUUUGUUUGUUUUGCACAUUUCUCAUACCACAGGUGUUGAAGCCCCUGGGUGAUAAUUUGAUGGAGGAAAACAUAAGGCAAUCUGUAACAAACUCUCUCAAAGCAGGCCUGACUGACCAGGUGUCUCAUCAUGCCCGAUUAAAGACAGACUGACAGUUCAUCUCCUCCUGGACUCCACUCUCCCUUUUUCAUGCUUGCUGUACAAUGAGAACUCAAAUAAAAAUAAACCAAAGUUUACAAUCAACUGUAGAAGUAGUUUAGUAUGACUGGCUUCACAGAUGGCUGCCACAGAGUGUGAACAUGGUUGGUUGGUUUCCAGCCUUCUUCUGCUGUCUCCUUAGACCUGGAGAUGGCUGGGAGCAUUAGUUUAUCAUGCACAUUUGUGCCAUGUUUAAUUCUUUUCUUUCUUUUUACUGAAUCUAAUGUUAGUGAAAUUUGUCUUAUGUAAAAGGAUAUUUCAGGGAAAUAUUUUAAGAAAUCUAUUUAGAGUCUCUUUAAUAUAGUGUCCCAUUGAAAUUUUAAUUUUUAGAGAAUUUAUGAAUCACUGUAUCAAGAAUCAGAUCAGAAUGACAAUGGAGCCUUUAUUGAGCCACUACAUUAAAAGUGUAUAUUGCUUUACUGCCUUCAAUGCCAGUAUUACACAAAUGCAUGUAUCAGAAAUGUCACAGAAAUCACAUGACAACUCUUAUAGCUGAGAAGGUAAUUCUGAGGUGUACACUUGUCUUGCCUUUUAAAGUUUGUAAACCUGCCCUGAAAGGAGAUGCAUAUCUGGGAACUUGACUGUCUUUCUGCAGUUUAGUCUUCAUGUACAUAAACUAUGCUGUCAAUCUUAUUGGGGAGAAGUUCCAUCCAAAAGUGUUGCCUACAGCUAUGAGUUAAGAGUGUCUGUACAGUGUGCAGCUUUUAUUUUCUAAAAUUCACAGGUAGGGCAUGUAUAUGAAUUAUAAAUAUAUAAAUACAAUUUUGUAUUAAAAGUUUUGUAGUUUAUGGCAAAAUCUGGUUCUGUGGUAGGCUAAUAAGUACAGUCCCUGUGAAAGCAAUGUUUGUGGCUCAUGUCAGUGUGUGAAUGCAUAGACAAUUUGAAGUUUUGAUAUAUUUGUGAUAUUUAUCUUCCUUGAGCACUGCAAUCUCACCCCGAGGGAAUUCAAUGGGAAUGUUUUAUUGUGACUUGUCCUCUGUUGCAUUUUAAAGUUAUUUCCUGUAAUUUAUUUUCAGUACAUAAUUAAAAAUUUGUUGUAUAUAUAAAAUGAAACUUGUGAUUCUUUCUAAGGAAUUCCUCACCAUAUAACUCGUGUGUGUUCAUGCUGAAAAGAGUGUGUUAGGGUACAUGCAAGUCAAAGUUCAAGGUGUUGACCUCAAAGCUAAGCUUGUAAGAGUUACUUUUUCUGUGUCUGUUUAAUAAGGAAUAUUUGUUGUAAGAGCCUGCCUGCGGAUUUAUUAAUUUUUCUGUUUCUCGCCCAUCUCUAUCCGUGUGUGUGUGUGUGUGUGUGUGUGUGUGUGUGUGUUAUGUAAAGCUACCUUUUUUUUUUACAUCCUCCUUUACAAAGACCUAUUAAAGCACCCAUUUUGUUUUUAAGUAAGGAGAAUUUAAAUGUUGAGUUGCAUGCAUGAAAGGUUUGCUAACUUUACUUUAGUUGGUGUAUCUUGCCCCGACUUCCAUUCUGGUCCUGGUUUUAUGUGGAUGUUUGUUUCCAUCUGUAGUAACUGCUGCCCACUCAUCCCAUCCAUUCUUACACAAAAGAACCAUCUAACAAGGCUCUCUUUAUUUCUCUGGUCACUUUGUUUUAUGAAUGCUGUAAAUUGUUUUUAUGAAUGAAAAAUAAAAGUUUGUUGUAUACUAGCAGUUCUGAAAUGAAAAGCUUCCUUUUUUUUUUUUUUAAAGUGAAGUCUAGACCAUUGGACUCCAUAGUAUUUCUUGCUAAAAAACAGUGUUUUCCCUCAAGAAUUCUCUUCAGGACUCCAAGCAAGCACUUGAGUUUCACCUGGAAGGCUCUGGACAUGGUUAAACAAGAAUCAGUUGAAAACACGAAAGAUGGAUUAAGACAAAACAUUGAAACAACAAUUCCAGUCUUGGUGCAUUUUCUCUGGUACAUUUUUUCCUAGUAUUACAAGAUAGGUUUGUUGUUUUUUUAACUUAAAAGAUGGUUUUUCUCAAUGACCUGAUUUAUCUUUUUAAAGACAUACAUCUUUUGUGAAAGGAACAACCAUUUGGGACUCUGCUGUUGAGUAUGCCUUAUUUUUCAUGAAUAUAGAUUGCUAGUCAUCCUUGCUUCUAUAAAACAUUUGUAAAAUUAAAUCAUGCUAUUUCA